UGUGUGUCUGUCUGUGUGUAUAAAUAAUUAGUGAGUGCUGGGCUGAGCAGAUGAAUUAUUGAUGAAGUUUCUGAGCGAGACGAAGACGACGAGGACGGAGAGGAUGGAGUGAGAGAGGAAGAGAGGAAGAGAGGAAGAGGAGGAUAAAGACAGAAGAUGUGAAGUGAAAAAUAUCAGGGGAAAAUGUCGGACGACAGAAAAGAAGAAGAAGAGGAAGAAGAAGAAGAAGAGGAAGAAGAAGAAGAAGAAGAGGAAGAAGAAGAAGAAGAGGAGGAAGAGACGAGCAAGCCCCUCCCGACGCCGCCCCUCUCUGUUACCAUGGAGACUGUGAUGUCGCCACGGAGACAGGACCUGGUGUGCAUCGUGUGUUUUGGGAGCUAUGACCUGGCGGCGCGGUUGCCGCGGCGACUGCACUGCGGCCACGCCUUCUGCCAGGCGUGUCUGAAGAGACUCGACACCGUCAUCAACGAGCAGGUGAGCAUGACAUCAUCACCGUCAGGGCCGUGA